AUGUCUCCAGGAAGCACGACUGCCCCCCAGCCAGACUGCACCGAGCUACCUCCCACCAGCCAUGAACCCCCAGCCCUGGCCAGCAGGUUGGCCUUAUGCACGUUCUCAUUUUUUGCCAAUGUAACAGUUGUGCCGUGGUCCCUCCCCGGUUCUUUAGCUGCAUCUCAUAAUUACUCACAUGUGUACAGGCCUUCAGAGCUCUUGUUAACCCAGGUUAAUCAGAAGAAGGAAUAUAAAUUUGACCUGGUGUUCACCACAGAAUUCUACAGCACAGAGGAAGAUGAGAAACGUCUGGGACAAUGUUCUGCUCAAGUAUUUUUCAGGAAUGAGAAGCCCAGACCAGCCGUUAAUGUGACGUGUAGUCAGCUCAUUAAGAAGGAGAAGAGACAGGAAGAGGAUUACCAUCUCUACAAGCUCAUGAAGCAGCUUAAAAGCCCCUUGAACGCAGUCAGCAUUCCUGACAGUCAUGGAUAUAUUGCUCCGUCUCUGCGGCCCAUCUGGGACCUAGCUUUUCUGGGCAGCUCCUACGUGAUGUGGCAAAAGACAACACCGUUUCUCCAGUACUACAUGUCCCAGAUUAGCAGUGUCAAGCAGUGGAAAACAAAUGAUGAUGCAAUUGAUUUUGAUUAUACUGUUCUACUCCAUGAAUUCUCAACACAGGAAAUUAUUCCCUGCCGUAUUCACUUGGUCUGGUACCCCAGCAAACCACUGAAAGUGAAGUACCACUGUCAAGAGCGACAGACACCAGAAGAAGCCUCUGGAACUGAAGACGGAUCAGCUAUGGCACUGACGGAGCUUAGUAAUUUCUGAAAAGCAAGAAAAAUCUGUCUGUACCACAUUCUAAACAAAAUGACUGUACUCUGCAUUAAAUAGCCUAAAUCAUUAUUCUAGUAAAACAGCGACGUAUAAGGGAAUAUAAUAAUUUAGGAAAGCCUGUGAUUACAAAUAAAUAUUCAAACAUUAAAA